AUGGGAUCUGGGCCGUCCACAUCCGUGCGGGAUGAGAAGCUGCGGGCGGACAUUGCAGUCAAGCUCCAUGCCGCCAAGCGGGCUCGUCACGAUGCACGUGCCAACAGAGCGGUCAUGCAAGAUGCAUUCGAUGCGGUGGGUGUGGACUCCGCGGGGACUCUGAGCUUUGCGCAGUUCAAGCGCGCCUCAGAGCGCUUGGGCAUGCGGGUGACCGACAAGCAGCUCAAAGCGGCCUUUGCACCCUUCGAGGGGCCUCACAGUGGGCGCCUGGCCUGUGCUGAGUUCAUCGAGUUUGUCUGUAGCGAUGAGACGGCUAAAGCAACUGCGAAGUCGACCUCAGCAGCAACGAGACGGCGCCCGUCGCGCCCGACAACAGGCGGGGGACCCCGCGCUGGGAGCAAGGACCAGCUGCUCGACACUUCUGAGAGCGGCCUCCGCAAAUCGGCAGCACGAAUAGCAGAUGUGAUCUUCGAAAAGGAGAUUGACUUGCGAAAUGCUUUCAAGCAGUGGGACUCCAAGAAAUGCGGUGGUCUCGAUGAGGAGGAAUUCCAGGGCGCCCUGGCGAGUCUGGGAUUCGAUGCCUCUCCCGACGUCGCAAAUGCCGUGUUCAAGGCCUUCGAUUUGAAAGGGGACGGCCGGGUGUCUUGCUGGGAAUUCACACGAGGGUUGCACAAUUUGCAAGCUGCUGCUGAGGCCACGGCGACCGAGGAGGAGCGACGCGCCCGCAGAGACAGAAAGAAAGCAUCGGCGCUGCAAAAGCAGGCAGCCACGCUGACUGUCGUGGGCGCCGGUCUGGGGGGAGGACACCUCCCUGAGGCCACGGCAUUGUCUGGUGCGAUCGAAGGAGGUAAUGCGGCGCACCUGCGAAAAGCAUUACAUGAUGCCGAGAAGGUCGGCAUUGCCCCAGAGGAUUUGGAGGCUGCGCGGUCCAAAUUGCAAGAACUGGAGGAGAAGGAGGCCGCAGAGGAUGAGCUGGAGGACGCCUUGGAGGCCCCGCGGAGUUCCACAAGGCUCCGCCGGGCACUCGAGGAUGCCCAGGCAGCAGGCCUCAGCGAGGCGAGCUUGGUGGAAGCUCGAAAGGCUUUGGCUCGGGAGGAGUGGAGGGAUCAAGUCAGACAGCGCUUACAAGAGGCAAUGCGUAGUGGUGAUGUCGAGCACUUGAGAGAUGCUAUAGAAGAUGGUGAGGCCGCCAGCUUGCCGGAGGAGGAGCUGGCCCCUGCCCGCCAGAUGUUGGCUGAAGAAGAGCGCAAGGCACGAGCUUCGAGAGCGUUGCAGGAGGCAGUCGAUGCCGGUGAUGAAGCUCGCUUGCGAGAGGCCAUUUCGCUGGCACAACGGGCAGGUGUUGCUGCUUCCGAGCUUGCCAGAGCCAGGGAUCUCCUAACUGCGUUGGGAGGGAAGAAGGCCGCGGAGCAGAGCCUCAGAGAUGCCAUCAGCGCGAGGGAUCCAGAAAAGCUGCGGCGAGCCAUUGACAGUGGUCGGCAGCAUGGUGCCGACGAUUCCCUUUUGCAAGAUGCACAACGUGUGUUGGAGGAGGUGACGCGCAAGCACGCAGCGCAGGCGAAAAUGCAAGCGGCAAUGGAAAGUCAAGAUGCGUCGAAGUUGCAAGAGGCGCUUGCUUUCGGAGACGGCUUCCUGUCAGCAGCAGAGAUUGAAGCUGCAAGGAAUAUGCUCUCAGGCUUGGAACGCAAGGCCCUGGCAAGAAAGAACUUGUCAGAUGCAAUUUCAACAAGAGAUCCAAUGCAGCUUCGCUCGGCUUUGGAUGCCGGGGAAGCUGCAGGUCUUUCUGCUGACGAACUGGCGCCUGCCCGUCAACUUCUAGGCCAGGAGAAUCGUAAGGAUGCUGCGAGAGAGGCCCUGAAGACGGCCAUCUCGUGUGGUGAUGCUUCACGUCUCCAGGCAGCCAUUGUCGAAGCUGAAGCUGUUGGACUUUCUGACUCAGAAAUCUCACCAGCUCGCACCACCCUUGCAAACUUGGAGAACCUGGCCAGUGCGAGACGACAGCUUCGUGAUGCCCUUACCGCUCGGGACCCUCAACUGCUGCAAGAAGCGAUUGGAAAAGGACAGGCCGCAGGAAUUCCUGAGGACGAACUUGCAGCAGCCAGAGACUGCUUGGAAGACGAGCUGCGGAAGAGCAAAGCCCGACAGCAGCUGCGCAAAGCCGAGCAAAGCGGGGAGGCCGCCGAACUACGCGCAGCCUUAGAAGAGGGUAAAGCAGCUGGGCUUCCUGCAUCUGACCUGGCAGCGGCUCACACUGCCUUGAGCUUUGCUGAAAAGCAGCUUGCUGCUCGAAACCGUUUGCAUCAAGCUGUCAAGACUGGUGACACGGCCGAACUGCGUGCUGCCUUGGAAGAAGGGGAGGCUGUCGGCCUCAGUGAGGAUGAGCUGCAACCUGCGCGAGAUUGUCUGAAUCAGCAAAGCGGGAAGCUUGUUGCGAGGCGACGGUUGCAGGAUGCGGUUCAGGCGCGAGAUCGCGAAGCUCUCCGUGUGGCCCUGGAGGGGGCAGAGAGAGCAGGCCUCGCAGCAGAGGAUCCGCAAAGCAUGCAAGCAGCAAGGGCGGUCUUGGAAGAAGUUGAGCGCCUGGAGAUGGCAUCCCAGAGACUUCGUGCUGCUUGCGCAUCACGCGAUGCAGAGGCACUGAGAACAGCAAUAGAGGAAGCGCGAGCUGCACGAGUGCGGGCACAGGACAUUGCAGAUGCCGAAGCGCUGUUGCGCCGCAUGGACGAGGAGGAAAAUGCGCGGCGCCUCUUGACGGAAGCAGUGAAGUCCCGGAAGAUCGAGGAGCUCCAGAGUGCUUUGAGUGCAGGGGAGCGUGCAGGACUGAAAGUGGAGCUGGAGGAUGCCCGAAGGGUUUUAAAAGAGGAGGAGCGCAUGGCGGCGGCCCGGCGGGCUUUGCAGAAGGCCUUGGUGACCCGAAACACAGACGCUCUCCAGCAGGCCCUCCAAGAAGGUGAAGCGGCAGGCCUUGGAGCCAAGGAGCUCCAAGCAGCGCGCGCUGCACUGGCCCAGGAAGAUGCCAAGUCCAAAGCACGUGCCCGGCUGCAGCUUGCCAUGAAGGCCAAGGAUUUGGGGCAGCUGCGAGGCGCCAUAGCUGCAGCAGAACGGAGUGGGUUGAGCGCAGAAGAGAUGCGCCCGGCCAAAGAUAUGCUGCGGGAGCUGGAGAGCAAGGAGGCAGCUAUCAAGAAGCUUCGCGAAGCAGUUGCAUCUCGCAAUGUGCCAGCGCUGAGGACUGCCAUAAACAAGGGUGAAGCCGUUGGGCUUAGUGCUGAUGACUUGGAAGAAGCGCGCCGUGUUCUGGCAGAGGAGGAGGCGAAGCAGAGUGCCAGGAAGGCAUUGCUGGAUGCUGAAGCUGGUGACAGCGUGCCGCAUCUGCAGGCUGCGCUGGAUACGGGUCGCGCGGCCGGCCUGCGGCCGGAUGAGCUGGCACCUGGCAUUCGAAGACUGGAGGAGCUUCAGCGGCGGGAGGAGGCCCGACAAGCUUUAGAAGAAGCUAUGAGGCAAGGAACACCCGACGAGCUGCGAGAAGCCCUGAAGCAUGCUGAAGCUGCUGGGGUAAGUGCUUUGCUGCUCGAUGAUGCACGCGAGCUGCUGCGCCGGCGUGAGCAGCAGCAGAAGGCAGCGGACGGCCUGCGCAGUGCGACGGCUCAAGGCGACAUGGCCGAGUUGCGGGCUGCCAUACGCCAAGCGCAGGCAGCCGGCCUCCCUGCAGACAGCAUGGCAGAUGCCAUGGAGAAGUUGGCCGGACUGGAGGAGGCUGAGGCAAAGAAGCAGCAAGAAGAAGCAGAAAGACAGCGAGAGUUGGAAAGAUUGGCGAUGCUAGAGCAGGCAAGGCGGGAGCAUGCUUUGCAAAUGUUGGCAGAGGCCAGCAAGUCCCGUGAUGUCGCCAGCUUGCGAGCAGCCAUUGACGCUGCGAAUAAGGCAGGCUUGGAGGGUUCAGAGCUGGACGAGGCAUCACGGAUCCUCGCAGAAGAAGAGGCCAAGGUCACAGCGAGAAGCUUGCUGGCAGCCGCUGUGGCUUCCGGUGACGUCGAGCGUUUGCGCCAGGCUCUGCAACGAGGUGGCCAAGCGGGCUUGGAUGAUGCCGAGAUGGAGGUUGCUCGGCACGCUCUUGCACAGGCCGAGGCUCGGGCAGAAGCUCGACAGAAGCUCCGCCAAUCCUUGGACGCCUUUGACUCCUCAGACCAUGGAGACGAUGGCAAUUCUGCCGAUUCUGCCAAGAAUUUGGAGGUCUUGAAGGCUGCAUUGGAGGGCGCGGAGGCUGCCGGCCUAGGCGAUGGAAACGAGGCCGACGCCACUCUGCUAGCAGCCGCACGCAGGAGAGCUGCUGAGGAGGCUGCAAGGCUUCGGCUGCAGGCAGCGAUUUCAGCUGAGGACCCCAAAGAGCUGAGCCAAGCCGUGGACUUUGCAAACAGGUCAGGCUUUACAGGCCAGGCCCUGGAAGAUGCCCGAAACCUUUUGCAAGUCCUUGAGGCGAGGAAGGCCGCGAAAGAAGCUGCGAAGCAGGAGCUGAAAGAUGCCUGCCGCUCUGAGGACAUGGACCGCCUGCGCGCUGCCUUGGAUUCGGCAGAGGCCUUGGAAAUCAGCGAGGAAGACAAGCAGGAAGCUUUAGAAAAGCUGCGUGAAGUAGAGCGGCGGGCCACUGCAAGUCGUCGCCUGAAGGAUGCUCGGGAAUCCGGUGCGGUGCAAGCACUCCGGGCUGCUCUGGAGGAGGGGGCGGAAGCUGGGCUCCCAGCCCAAGAGCUCGAUGCUGGAAGGGCUGCUCUGGCCCAAAGUGAGGAGCGAGCAUUGCUCAUGCGGACACUGCAGCAGGCCUCCGGGCAGCCCUCUGGACAUCCUACCGGCACCUCCGAACCCAUCUCGCCGCAGGCCACACAGGCAACACAGGCUGUGGCUGAAGCUCCUGGUUCGGAAGCGAACGCAGCAAAGCCAAGUGUGGAUUCACAGCACUCACAAACCUCACAGAACUCACAGAACUCACAGAACUCACGAACAGCUGAAUCUGGUUUGGGCACGGGCGAUGUCAGACGGUGCACUCCAACCUCCCAGACUCGCCUGUUCGAGAAAGCAGAAUACAUGUUCAAGAAGACAGCUCUGAACGAUUUGAGUGACGAGGAACUUGUCAAGACUCUCCGCCAGCGGUUGCGAAAGCUCUGCGUCUCCCCUGCCGAAGCACUGGCGGAGUGCAUGCAGGUGCCUGCGGUUGCAAAUGCUGGAUGCGACGGAGGCUCCGUGCCACUUGUGGAUGCAGACGUCGUGGGAGCUUUUGCUGGGCAAUUGCAGCUUACAAUCGACCAGCCAAGAACCAUAAAGUUUCUGUCGGGACUUGACGGAGGCCAGGGCACGGUCUCUGUUGGCGAUUUUCUUGCUGCCCUUCAGGGCAGCCAAAGCCUGGCCCGAAAGGAUGCAAGCCCUGGCGACACCAUAGCAAUGCCCAUAGCUGGCAGUGCUGGCAGUGCUGGCAGUGCUGGCAGUGGGGCAUUGAGUGAAGCUCAUGCAGUUGCAGCUGCCCGAGAGGAAAGAAAGCGGGAGUUGAUGCAGCAAUCAAAGCCCAAAGAGCACUUGCGCCAGCUGGUGCUUCAGCAGAGGGUGAGUCAGCUGAGCCGGAAAGAAGCUCAGCUGGUCACAAACCUCAGGGAGGCAUUGUUUGAGCGGCGAUCAAACAUGCAGAAGAUGUUCAAGAGCAUCGACCUUAACGAUGAUGGGAUUGUGACCUUGGAAGAAUUCCUUCAUGCUUUGGAGGGAGCUGGGGUUGCUGUCGGGCAUGAGAUCGAUCGUGCCCGUGCGCAAGUGACGGAGGAGGAAGCCGCACGAAUGCUGGCUUACUUCGAUCGCAGCAGCACAGGCUUUCUUCACUACAACGAGUUCAUGCGGCUUUUACAGGGGACAAUCGACUUGGCUCCAGAGGCGCCCAUGGAUCCAGAACUUGCACGACGGAUUCCCGACAUCGGCGAAUAUGGAGGUCAAGCGGGCAGGCAGGCGGUGGACUUGAGUGGUACUGGCUUGAUUCGAGCCGCUGCCGGCUUGCGUGGCGUCAGGUCCCCUGACGAGCAUACCGUGCAGACCACUUUCGCAAAGUGGGACGUAAACAGAGAUGGCAAGAUUUCCGAGCGAGAGCUGCUUUCUGUUCUUCGCAAGGUCGAUCCCAAAAUUCGAGACAAGGAUGUGCGAAUGCUUUUCGAGAAGGCCGACUGCAAUGGCGAUGGCUGGAUUGAUUACCAAGAAUUUGUGGCCUGGCUCUUUCAGUAG